AUGAGAGGCGCAAGACCAAAGGACCCUGGACGUCGAGUUGGUCUUCCAACCGAAAACACCAGAAACCGUCACCAACAGUCGUCUAGCGUUAAACAUGUACACGCUCAGGGAUACUUGGAUUACAGUGGGAACUAUCAUCCAUUAACACAACAUGACAACCGGACAGCUGCUGGAGGAUUUAGAAAUCGCAAUCGUGGCGAGGUUAAUAGAGAAGGACCUUAUAGAAAUCACUAUCCAACAUCCACAGCGACUGUUUAUGGAGACUUUAGGAGAGAAAGCCAUACAAAUGGGAAAGGAGCUAGAGAUUUUGCACCGACCCCAAAUAGGCCACUUAAUUAUCAAUUAGAUGGAGGAAGAUGCCAUUACGCUGAAACGAAACCCAUUGUAAAACCAUUAAAUAUGAAUGAUCUCAAGAAAAUACAUCAGACGCAGUCGCCUAAUGACGUGGUACAUAUGUUAUCCAACCGGGCCGACAUGCUCAAAGCACUCUUAAAUGAAAAGAAAAUGAUCAAUGACGUCACUGAAAUUCUACUCAGGAUUUUUGUAAGGGUAUUUCAGUACAAAACAUCUAAAAAAGUUUCAGAAAAAAUAAAAGCAGUAAUAGAUAUGUUAAAAGACAGUACAUUUUUUAAGAGUGUACUUCAGUUAUAUACGGCACAUUUAGGAGAUAAAUCAAACACAAAAAACCCAAGUCAAAUUGAAAAAAAGAUAGCUCUCCUUUCGAUAUUUCUACGAGGGUUCAUUCCUGGACUUGAAUGCGAAGUGAAAGAUCUCGAAAUGCAUAUAACACUCCUUGACGUCUCUAGUAAAGCCUUGUUUGUACAACGCAGUUUGUCACAAGAAGCUGUUAUUGAGGUAGCACGUUUGAAAAAAGAAGCGGACAAAUGCAUUACCGAAGCAAAGGAAGAAGACAAGAAGAGAAGACAACAUGCCUCUGCCAUCCGAGAAGGUAUUUUUGAUGGCCCACCGCCUGAUGACUAUCGGGAUAUUCCGAUAUUACCAACCAAAGAUGACCUCCAAUCAAUGGAACCACCGUUCCUUCGGCCUAAUAAAACUAAAGGAAGUUACUCAAAUCAUAUUCAUUAUCUCGAUGUUCAAUUCCGAUUGCUGCGAGAGGACUUCAUUGGCCCUUUGCGUGAUGGAAUUCAAACACACUUGGCUAAUGUAGCAAAUCCUCUUCCACGUGACCAGAGAAAAAGGAAUACAGAUGUUCGUCUGUACUAUGAUGUUCAAAUUGACCAUCCUGUAAUUUCUGAAAACGGGGUAUAUUAUCGCGUCAAAUUCAGUCUCAGUAACUUAACGCGAGUAAAGUGGCAGAAUACAAAACGAUUAAUUUUUGGCUCUCUUGUCUGUUUAUCACAUGACAAUUUUCAAACUCUCCUUUUUGGAACGGUUGGCAAUAGAGAAGAAGAACUACUACGCCAUGGCCGAGUUGAUCUUAAGAUCCAUAAUAUUGAAAACGUAGAGAAUACACGUGUAUACACUAUGGUCGAAUCAACAGCAUUUUUUGAGAGCUACAGGCCUGUCCUGCAGGUACUUCAACAGUUCAAUGAAGAAUCUAUACCGAUGGAAAACUACAUUAUUCGGGCUUCACACAACAUAGAACAACCAAAAUAUCUGCGUAGUAAGAACGGCCUAAUGUACGAUAUUAGUUCUUUGAUAAAACAAGAAAUAAGAACUUACGAUAGGAAUAGACGACGUCCCAUGGGCCUUCGUAACGAAAAUAGAAUUAACAUACUAGACGACAAUGCUUGGCCCGAAUUUAACAAACUAACACUUGAUGAAUCACAGUUUAUUGCUGUGAAGGCAGCAUUGACAAAAGAGCUUGCGGUUAUUCAAGGGCCACCAGGAACUGGAAAAACAUACAUUGGAUUGAAAAUUGUUGAGACUCUUCUACGUAACAAAUCACAUUGGUCACCAAAUAAUGAUGAGUAUGCAGAACAUGUUGAACAUAAAAGUCCUAUAAUGGUUAUAUGUUAUACAAACCAUGCGCUAGAUCAAUUUCUUAAAGGUAUUCUUGAAUUUUCUCCAAAGAAGUUAGUCAGAAUCGGUGGACGAUCUAAAAGCGAAGAACUUGCACGUUUCAACCUGAAAGUUAUAUCAAAAAAGUGGAGACAUAGGUCAGAUAAUUUCAAAAAGAUUAUAGAUGCCAUAAGUAAUCAAAUGAUACAGGCUGAGGAGAUGAUAAAAUUGUGCAACAAAUACAUAUUAAGUGAAUAUACCCUUGAAGCUGUUAUAAAUGAAAAUCAUUUCAGAUGUCUACAGGACUUAAGAGAAGAAUAUUUGGUGGACGGGAAGCGUUCAACUUUACCUACAUGGCUUGGUCUUCUUUCCACUUCAGAUGAAUUUGAAAAGACAGAAGAUGUUGCAGAUGCUGACGACGAGGUUAAAGAAGAAGAACAGGAUGAUGUUUCUAACACAAAGAACAUUACGACUGAAUUCGACAUGCUAAUGUAUCAAAGGGAGUAUGAUGAUGCAGGUGAUAGAAAAGAUUAUGAAACAAGAAAGAAAUUGGUUUUGCGCACCCUAUACACUAAACUCGCUUAUAAUCAGGACAUGCAAUGCAGAGAUUCACCAUUGAAAGAGCAUUAUGCGACAUUGAUAAAACAACUAUCCAUCACUGAUGAUGAAAUGGAUAAACAGGAGGCCAACAGACUAGUCAAUAUUCGCAAGUUAUGUCUGAAUAAUCAAUGGCGUCUCUACCGAUAUUGGAUAACCCAGUACAAAGGUACAUUGCGUAAAAUUUUAUUCAAUCAGCAGCACAGUUAUGACCAAUUAGUAGGCAGGAGAAUUUAUGAGCAAGACCACGAAGCUAAAUGUAAAGUUAUAAGAGAUGCAGAUGUAGUCGGUAUGACAACGACCGGUGCUGCUAUGAAUAAAGAGCUCCUGAACGACAUUCGACCGAAAAUUGUCAUUGUUGAAGAAGCUGCAGAAAUACUAGAAGCACAUAUAAAUGCUUACAAAUAA